UCAGACUUCCUCUUCCAAACUCACCUGGCAGCUCUGAGCAGGUGUGGCUCCGCCCACCCGGGAGGCCGCAGACUAACCUGAGUUUCUGGAUUCGUGUGGGCAGCAGGUGGAAAAGACGCGGCUGAAGGUGCAGCGAUGGCAGAGGCAGCGGCUCCAGACCUGUUUUCCGAGCAGGAGCUGACCUGCUCCAUUUGUUUGGACCUGUUCAGUGACCCCGUUUCAACCCCCUGUGGGCACAACUUCUGCCAGGCUUGCAUCGGGGGCUACUGGGCGUCCAGCUCCGUCUGCACCUGUCCUCUGUGCAAGCGGCAGUUUGACGAGCGUCCCCUGCUCAGCAUCAACAAGGUCUUCGCCCUCAUCGCGGACAAGUACAAAGUGGCCCGUUAUGGCGCCGCCGGCGAGACGCCGUCCCUCGGGAACGGGCUGCCGGGCGCCACGACCACGUACGUGGACAACCCGAGCGCCAACCCCUUCCUGACGCCGUCGGUGGCGCCGGGCGGCGAGGAGGUGGUGUGGUGCGACGUGUGCACCGGCGUCAAGCAGCCCGCCGUCAGCGCCUGCCUCACCUGCACCGCGUCCUACUGCAGCCAGCACGUGCAGCCGCACCACACCUCCAGCGUCUACGCCAAACACCCGCUGCUGGACCCCAAAGAGGCCCUCAGGGGCCGCACCUGCUCCGUACACCACCGCCUGAUGGAGGUAUACUGUCGGACAUGUCAGCGCUGCAUCUGCGCCAUCUGUGUCCUGGAGGAGCAUCGAACGCACAAAACCGUCUCCGUCCAAACCGAGCGACUCAGCAAACAGAAACAAGUGGCGAGGACCGAGCAGGAGAUGCUGAACCGGAUGAAGGCGAAGGAGGUCCGACUGGGCGAGCUGAAGAGGAAACUGGGGAGUGUUCAGAACUAUGCAGACCGGGAGCGAGGCGAGGUGGAACGCCUUCUGGACGAAGUCGCCGGCUCUCUGGACAGGAUCCGCUCCCAGGUGGUCGGGGGGAUCCAGAGCCAGCUGGAGGCGGUGAUGUCCAAGGGGACCGGGCUGGUGACCAGCCUGGAGGCGGAGCUUAACCAGCUGACGGACAGGAGGAACGACCUGGAGGCCCAGGCCACCAGCCAGGACCACAUCGCCUUCCUGCAGAGCUUCGAGGGGGCGGUAGCUCCUCUGGCCGAGGAGCAGCGGGACGACGUGGACGAGGAGGAUGACCUCUCGCUUCACUUCUACCUGCUGGACGUGAAAAACAGUCUGUCCGAAGUCAAAGAGAAGAUGGACGACAUCCGGAUGACCGAGGGCCGCCCGCGAGGAUCCCGAGACUCCAGAGACUCCCGGGACUCCCGGGACUCCUUUUCGUCGGGCGACGGCCUGAUGGCAGCAGAGAGCAUGCUGAGUCUGAGAGGAAGCACCAUGAGCCUGAAGAAGAAGAGUCUGAAAGAUCUGAAGAAGGGCAAAGCCGUGUCAGGACAUAAGAAGGCUCGACUCUACAUGGAGGACGUGUCCCUGAACCCGGUGACGGCGUACCCGUUCCUCAUCCUGUCCGAGGACAGGAAGCAGGUGAAGCGAGGCGAGAAGCUCCAGUUCUACCGGAACAGCCAGCAGAGGUUCGACGUCUGGUCCUGCGUCAUCGCCAAGGAGGGAUUCCACUACGGACGCCACUACUGGGAGGUGUUCGUGGGAGAGAAUAAAGACUGGAAGGUUGGCGUGGUCAGCGAGUCUGCUCAGAGGAAAGGCCUCUUCGACAUGAGUCCCGCCAGCGGAUACUUCGCCAUCUGGUGGAGCGGCAGCCAGCUGCGAGCGCUGACCACGCCGCCGCUCACCAAGGUGAAGACCCCCCACCCAAAGCUGCGUCAGGUGGGGGUCUUCCUGGACCUGGACGAGGGUCAGGUCUCCUUCUACAAUGUGAAGUCCGGUUCAGAGCUCUACAGCUUCACCGGCUCGGAGUUCACCGAGAGGAUGUUCCCCCUGCUGGGCACCGGAGACAAAGAGGUCCCCCUGGUCCUCAUGACCACCCAGCACCAGCUGGCCUGAGGGACCGGGACCAGGACCGGGACCGGGACCAGGAUCGAGGGUCAGAACUCAGUCAGUGUAUCAGUGGUGAUUAAAACCUUCAAUCGUACACAACUUCAAUUUUUCCACAGGUUUUGUUAAUCAGAAACAAACAGAACUUUCCCUUUUUCUCACAAGAAAAAAAAAAAAGCAAAAGCAUUCAUUGUCAUUUCAAGAAAACAAUUAUUUUAGGUAAAUGAAUCAUUCAUGUUUUGAUCAUUUAAUACCAGCUAAGACUUUUUCUUGUAAAUGAGCACAAAAACUGUUGAAACAUCUUGAUUGACAGUGAAAAGAUUUGAUUUCUUCAUGGUGAAAGUGAGACUCCACAGGGUCUCUCUUUGAUUUAGUCAGUCACUCUUACAGAGUUUUGAUUUAUAAUUAAACAUUUCCUGACAAAGGGCUAAAAUCACUUGAGUAAAUAUGAACUAUAAUCCUGAAACUUCUAAAUGUGAAAACAUUCCAAUAAAAAAAAAAAAAAUUCUAAAAAAUGUGAAUGUUUAUUCAGUUCCUCUAUUUAUGGGAUUUGUCUUUGGUUUGACUCACAGCGCCUCCUGGUGGCCAUCAGAUGAACUUCAGCUUCACUUUGAUGGAAACUCCUGAAUCUGAUGAGACUCUUAAAAGGAAACCAAGUCUUUACAAAUGUAACUUUCUGGUGAAAUUACUGUAAAAAUCAUCACUGUUUGUUGUUUUUAUCAUUAACAAAAAUAAACGGAACAAAACAA